AUGGGGGUACCGGGAGGAGUCACCUCUAACGGGGGUACCGAGAGGAGCAUCACCUCUAACGGGGGUACCAGGAGGAGUCACUUCUACCGGGAGUACCGCGGCCCCCCCCGGGCCUAUUUAUUUAUUUAUUGCAAGGGGCUACGAGCCCCCCUUGGGGGGCCACUGAAGGAGCUCGGGGUCAGCCCCAAGGGUCCUGGCUUGGCCCCCCCUCAAGCCAUAGUGGGUCCCAGCACCACAGGACAGACGUGGGGCCACCCCCGGCCCGGCACACGAAGCCACCGCUCGUCUCAGGAACCGGUGCCAUCCUCACUGGGGGACAUGGGGGGGACCCUGCGUGUCCCCCCCCCAGCUCGAGGCUCAGGGGGGUCCUGCCCCCGGCAGCUUUUGUACCAAUACAGACACGUUUUGCAGCGGUGUGUGGCUGUGACUGGAGGGGGGACAGAGCCCGGGGGGGGGAACGUGUCCCCCGGCUCCCCGCGAUGCCCCUUUGCCGGUGUGACCGGUGUCACCGAGGAGCCCUUCGUGUCCCCCCGGCCGGUGCCCCGGGCCACGUCCCGGCGCUGCGGGGCCCUGGCCAGGCCCUUCCUGAUCCCGCUUCCUCCGGCAGCCGGCGGGAAGCUGGUCCCAGCCGAGCCCUUCCGCCCGGGACGGGCACGGGGGUCCCCGCACACCCCGCCCCGGUGUCCACAGAUACCCCCCCCGGCUGCUGCAGCGAGCACCCAUGGGCGCAAGGGAGUGGCCUUGCACAAGGACCCUAUGGGAGCCCCCAGCCCUCUGCUCCAGGCUCUGUGCCUCAGUUUCCCCUCUGGCUUGUGCCCUCCCCUGGCCGGGACAUCGUGUUUUGGGGGACCCCCAGCUCUGAGCUCCUGCGCCCCACAACUGGGCCCAGGGGGGUGCGGCCAUGGCUCAGCCCCCCCCAACCCCAGCGGGGCUUCAGGAGGUUUUGAGGAUCAGAACCCGGGUGCAUGUAACCGCUCCGUGCUUGGACAUUUAUGGUCUGGCUCCCGAGGCCGCGUUCACUCUCUGCCAGGGUCCGGGCACCCCGUCCCCGUCACGGCCGUCACGGGACCCCCCCCCCCGGCAGCUGCCGCCCCACAUGGGGCUGUUUUUAGCCUGGCCUGUGCUGGGCGCUGGCGGGACACCGCGGUCACGCGUGGCCCCGGUGGAGCCGAGCAGUGCCGGGGGCUGCGGCUGCGGCUGCGGGAUCUCUCCUACCGAGCGAGGGGUGAGAGGGAGCUGCGGUCGGCGCCGCGCUGCGCCCCCGAUGGCUCCGGGACCCCCAUCGGCUCCGGGCCCUCCGGUCUGACCCUGUCCCAGGGGCUCCUGCCCAUACCCCCCGGCUGGCACCGGCUGCAGCCGCGGCCCGAGCCCCGGUACCGGCCGCGGGGUGCGGAGACCCCCGGUAGGUCCCGGUCGAGCCCGCGGGUUCCCCACGGGGGCGGCCCCGGUGAUACCGCGGGAUCCCGGGGACGUCAUCGUCCAGGUGUGACGUCACGGGGCCGUCUCGCCUGGGGCGGGCGGUGCACGGGAGCCGGGAACGGGCGGCGGGAAGAGGCACCGGUACCUACUAGGGGUCCCGGUACCCCCGGCAUCCCCGGUACCCUCUGUACCCUCGGGCCCCUCCGGUGCGGACUUCCUCACCGCGGGGUCGGGUCCCGUGAAGCCGGGCAGGGUCCCGACACCAGGGGUCCCGGCAGCUCCUCCCCCCGGCCCGCUCCCCGCUGUGGCCUCCCCGACGCCCCGGGGAUGGGCGGGUGCGCGAAACGCACCCCCACAGAGCAGGCUGCGAUUACCGAGGACACAGCGACACCGGCCCCAAGGUCGCUCCGUUCCCCUGUUGGGGUUCUGCCUCUGCGGGGGGGCACUGUAGGGGUGGCACUAACGGGGGUGGCACCAACGGGGCUGACAACCCGGGGGGGACGAACGGGAACGGCGGACCGGGUCCCCCCAAAACCCCCGGUUCGUCCCCGGGAGCGGGUAUCGGUGGGUACCGCGGUGGUACCGCUGGGCGCAGGGGGGAUACCAGAGCGGUACCGGAGGGUACCGGGAGGGCAGCGAGGUCCUCCCCGCCCGCCCCUCGCCCUCCCGCCGGCCCUGCCCGGCCCCGCAUGGGCUGAGCUCAUCUUUCCAGCCCGCGGGCUGUGUUCCCGGCGCUGGGCGCCCGCCAGCAGCAGCCGCUCUUUCCAUCGGCCUGGCCAAGGGUCUCCCCGAGGGGACCGGCGCGAGCGCCGCGGUUGCGUCAAUGGAACCCCGCGUGCGUCACGGCCGCGCCCCCGCCGGAACCGCCCCCCCCCCGCGCCGCCGUGCGUCACGGGCCCGCGCGCCGCCCCGCGCGUCACCGAGCACUUAAGAGAAAGUAGUGGCGGGGCCGGAUCCCGGCGGAGCCCGCGGAGGAGGAGCGGGAGCGGAGCGGGACCGGAGCGCGGCCGCAGCGCCGGCACCCCGGUACGGGCGGCACCGCGCGGGGGAACUGGGAGGGAAAAGGGGUCGGGAGCUCCGGUGACAUCGCAGGGAGCCGGAUCGGGAGUCCCGGUGACAUCGGGGGGAACUGUGUCGGGCGUCCCGGUGGCACCGGGAGGAGCCGGGUCCGGAGUUUCAGUGGCACCGGGGGAGUCGGGUCGGGAGUUCCAGUGCUACCGGGGAGAGCUGGAUCGGGCGUCCCGGUGGCACCGGGGGGAGCCGGAUCGGGAGUCCCGGCGGCACCGGAGCCUCAGGGCUGUGGGCGUUCUGCAAAGUGCAUGGUGCCGGGCGUCCCGGUGGCACCGGGGAACUCGGGUCUUGCCUGUCCAAAGGACAGACGAGUCCCGGCGAGUCCCGGUACCACUGGAGAGGGUGAAAGGGACCGGGCGGCGUGCGCCGUGCGGGGCUGCCCCUCGGGGGCACCGGGGAGAGCCGGGUGGCGGGAGGCGCACAGGCGGGGGCCGGCAGAGCGAGGGGUCUCAGAGCGAGGGGCCGGCAGACCCCGGUCCCGGGAGCCCCGAGCAGAGCGGGCAAGGAGCCGGAGCGGGCAGGAGUGUGCGGGCAGCACCGGGACAUUGA